AUGUCAGAGUUAAUUGCAGAUCUACGGCAACAAACAUUGCUCACGCUCACGACGAUGACAACGGAAGUGCAAGUGAGUAAUGUUGCCUCAGCAUCCGCAUUAGAGCCCACUACAGCGGAUAAUGUCAUGGCAACAAUAGUGCACUUAUUCAAGAGGGUCGACGAUAUCAACAAUCAAAUCACAAAGUUCACACAUCAUGAAUCGUUCGUACAACGAGUUGUGGCAAUAUCUUCGUCAUGCGCAUCAAUCACAGCGGUUAUGAUUGCACUAUACUUCCUACUAGCGAUCGAUCCCAAACGACUUGUGUUUCGUCACCAACUAAUUUCAUUUUUACUAUUGUUUGAUUUGUUAAAAGCGGUAAUUUUGUUGAUUUAUCCAAGUAGGGUGUUGACUCAUUCAGUUUCAUACUAUAACCGAAAAUUUUGUCAAGUUGUGGGAUUUUUUACUGCCACGGCGAUCGAGGGAGCAGACAUUGCAAUUUUUGCCUUUGCCUUGCACACGUUCUUGCUAAUUUUCAAGCCAUCAUUGAAUACCCGGCUGGCACAUUCUAAUCGUGUUGAAGGUGGUCUAUACAAGAUGAGAUAUUUGGUAUAUGCAUUGUCAGUAUUGAUUCCGUUGAUCUUGGCCAGUUUGGCAUUUAUCAAUGGGACAGGGUAUGAUUCACUCGUUUGUUGGUGCUACUUACCCAUGAGACCUGUCUGGUACAGGCUAGUCCUUAGUUGGGUUCCACGUUGGUGUAUCGUUGUUGCCAUUUUUGUAUUUUAUGGCUUGAUUUACAUUCGCGUUGUUAAAGAGUUCAAAUCCCUAGGUGGGGCUUUUACAAAUAUUCAUCAAAGAAAUGCUGGUCAUUUUAGUAACGAAGCUCCCACAUUUUUUGCGUCGCUAAAGUUCUUUUUUGGCUCAAUCAAGGACCACUUAUUUCCCAAGAUGUUGAUACCGGAAGAAUCUGCACAUACUGCAAAAUUGACCACUAGUAUAGGGCCAUUUGAGCGUGGACGUGGUGGAGGAGUCAAUGAACUGGAUUCGGAUGAAGUCGAUGAUUUAGAGGAGUUGGCAGAUGACUACACCGAUUCAUCUAUAAAGGAUAUCAAUUUACAGCACUUUCAAAGGCGGCAAAAGGUUAUUCAGAAACAGAUGAGGUCAAUAUUUAUCUAUCCGUUUGCAUACUGUUUUAUUUGGUUGUUUCCGUUUAUUUUACAAUCUACUCAGUUCAACUAUGAAGAGGCUCAUAGUCCAGUUUAUUGGUUGAAUGUUUUGGGUGCAUUCAUGCAACCCUUCAAUGGAGUCGUUGACUCAAUUGUAUUUUUCAUUCGAGAAAAACCAUGGAAAAAUACCGCCAUGAGAAACUUUGAAAAGGAACAUCGACAACGCGUUGACAAUAUCAUCCAAAACAGUGUUGAGCAACACCGAUAUAGUGCUGUGCCAUUUACUAACACGCAGGAAGCAAGCGAGCGCAUUGCACGAAACUCAGUCAGUGCCAGCACAGCAUUAGUUGAUAUCAAUAACUACAAGUAUUGGAGACGACUUUUAAACAAAUGGAAAUUUCCAUUGUUUCAACUACCGACGGAGGAAAACAUAUUCAAAGCUCAAGAUAAGUAUAUUAGCAAGAGAUUGAAAGAAAAAGAGGAGAAUGGAGAAUUUAACCAUUUCAAGCCUCAACAACCAAAGGGAACUAAAGCCAACUUUACAAUGAAUGAAAAACCAAAUAGUACAACUAGUAAUGACGAUAGUGAGUUGAGUUUCCCACCCCAAAUUCAUGAUAAGUAUUCUACUCACAAAUUUGAGCCAGGAUCAAGUGCUGGUACUGUUCCUACCCUAAGCCUACCUCAAAGGCGUAGAACCAGUGUUCCUGUUUUCAAAUCGGAUAUACAAACCCCACCAUCACCUAAUCAAGUCGAUAAUGAUGAAGAUAAUGAGGAUGAGGGGAGUGAAUUAGAUUUUACCCAGUUUUUAAAGUCUUGA